UCACAAACAAUGUUUUUACUUCUCGACCAAGUACGCGAUAUUUGGUGAAGAAAUCCGCCAUUUUUCACCGUCUGGCUGAAAUACACAGGCUGUUUCUACCCUUGUGAUAUGGAUUAAUAUUGUUUGGACCCCACAGUGGUCAGUGGAAAGGAAAUUGGGCCAAAAUGACGCGGGGUGAAGUAACAUCACUGCUUGAUCUAUGUAUGGACAAAUCCUUAAAACUCUUCGACGCUGCGACGUUCAAGACUUCGGGAGUUGUUUUUCUGCCUGAAGAUGUGUGCGAGGCAUUUAUUUCCAAGAGGCUUAAAUCAGGAGAUUGUACGGAUAAUUUCCUGAGCUCUUUUUCCAAUCCCCAAACAAGUCGUAUUGUGAGAGUGAAUUUAAAAGGCGCAUCGAUCACUGACCGAGGGCUGCAGUUGAUAUCAUGUCAACCGAUACGCGAACUCAACAUAUCAAGAUGUUUAGAAGUCACACAACAUGGAAUUAAGCACAUUUGUCAAUGCAAGAACACCCUAAAAUGCUUAAACAUUGGACAGUGUAUAAGGAUUAUGGAUUUUUGUGACGUGGCGAAGCUGAAUAAUCUACGCUUUCUGGACCUCAGUAAAACCUUGAUCGAGCAAUACGACUUUGAGAUUGUGUCAGAGGGACUCCAACAAUUGCAAGUUUUAAAUCUUGCCGAGACUGUGAUUACAGAUCUGGGUCCCGUGAAAAAUAUGCGGCAUUUGACCAGUCUGGACCUUUCAAACUGUCGGGAUAUAAAAAGUAUCGCCCCGCUUGAAAUAUUGAACGGGAAUUUACGCCAACUUAUCUUAUACAACUGUCUUGGUCUGGAGGAUUUCAAAAAGUCUAUUGACACAAUUGUGCAGCUUGACUCUCUACAACAUCUUGACCUGUCAAAGGAUGGAAGAGACUUUGGCAUGGAUGUUGAGCCACCUUACAUUGAUGGGGAAAUGCUACACAGCCUAUCCCAGCUGCCAAAACUUGUGUUUCUAGAUAUUUCUGGAACUGCAGUAUUUGAGAAGGAAGACUUGAAGGUGUUUGGUCCACCUCACCCACGCUUACACUUCCUUGGCCUGUGUCUUACAGAAGUAUGCUAUUAUCCCAAUAUUCCAGCUAAUGUGGUGACAGGGGAGUCCGGAGAGGACCAGAUUAUAGCAUCCCUCAGACACUACCUCAACAGACCCACCUUUCUUAUCAGUGCCAUGAGAGAGCUCUUCAAUUUGGUCCGGAGUAAUCACAACCGGAUAGAGACCAAGGAAGUUUGUAAUGUAAGCGCUGUUGGCAACCAGGUAGAAAUCAAGAAAGUUUGUAAUCUUGUGUUGAAUGCAAUGACAAGCAACAUGACGGAUCACAAGAUCCAAAUUGCUGGAAGUGCGUCACUGUACCAUCUCUCUAGAGACGAUCACUCUGAGAAUGAUGAGCAGCCGACAGGAGUGACGGCCGAGCAGCGCCGUCAGAUCGUCACUGUCACUCUGGAUUCCAUGGAAAACCACAUCGCAGAGGAGCAGCUUCAAAAGAACUGCUGCCUUACACUUUGUAACUUCAGGAUACCUGUGGAAGUUGAAUUCGAGUACAAAAGAGUUGCGCGGGUUCUACUAAAGUCUGCCACACUGCAUAGGACGGACUUUAUCCAGAGGAUCGCUAUUGGUCUCUGUAACCUUCUAGUAUGCCAGGUUCAUGAUGACCAGAAAGUCACAGUUGGGAGAGAUUUGGAAGGCGUCAAGAUGGUUUUACAAGUCAUGAGACAAAAGCUAGACUCUGAGAGACCGGAGGUUGGCGGUGUUCUUGAAUGUUGCUGGAGUGCUCUUUGGAAUGUCACUGAUGAGACGCCGGAAAAUUGUGCGCUGUUCAUGGAAAAUGGAGGGAUGCCGCUUUUUAUGGAAUGCAAACGGAGAUUGGGUCACCACCGAGAUCUCCUGCGGAACAUGUUGGGCCUCAUGGGUAAUGUCUCCGAAGUGGACUACUUGAGACCACAGCUCAUGGCCUACGCAGAAGUAUUCUAUGAGUUGUUAGACUCCGUGAAUGAACUGGAGGUCAGCUAUAACGCCGCGGGUAUCCUGUGUCACUUGGCGUCCGACGGCCCUACUGCGUGGACUGCUGAAACAAUGAGUUUAUCACGUGACCAAGCCAUGCGCAAAUUGAUCGAUUGUGUGGAGAAGUGGGACAUUGGUGCCACUCGGCAGAUGAGUUAUAGGUCUUUUGGCCCCAUUCUUCGACUCAUACCCAAGUACGAAACCCCCGCAAUCCAACACUGGGCGACGUGGGCCCUCGCCAACCUGUGCAACGUGGACCAUAUUAAGUACUGUCGACUCAUUGUGGAGGAAGACGGGCUGCCGCUUCUAGAAGAGCUGUACUCGCGUCCGGAAACAGACCACCGUGUCCGAAACUACUGCAAAUUAGUACUUGACCACUGUCAAUCCUGCUCGGAGAUAUCCUGACACAUAUAGCUCGUGGAAGCUUUGGCAUGGGGAGCCUGUGGUGGCUUUAUAUGACACGGGUGGCCUGUGUUAGCUUUAAAUGACACGUGUAGCCUGUGUAAAUUAAGAAAAUGAAACAGCUUGCCUGGUGUAAUUUUAUAAGAUACGGUUAUAUUUGGUUGCUAUAUAUGACACGGGUUGCCUGUGUUAUGUUAAAAUUACACGGGUAGCCUAUAGUCUCUUUAGAUAGCCUGUGUAAGGCUAAAAACACGAUAGCUUUAGAUGAAACGACUAGUCUUCGGUAUGAAAUUGAAAUAGCACGGGUA